AUGGCACCAACAAAACCGACUGCUGGCAAGCGCCGGUACGUUCCUCAUGUCUUUGACAUGGGAUCUCUGCUUGCUGCUUUGAAAUCAUCCGACCUUGACGAACAUCAGAGCGAGGCGAAGGGGAAGGUCAAGUCUCCCAAAGCGAAGACUCUGCGAGUGCCUGCCUCAUCCCGACCUUUGGGAACAAGGGGAAGGAAGUUGCAGAAACCCUCAGAGGCCUUCGGGCUUCCUUCCGAUUCGAAACCUCGCUCUGUGGCCGCUUCACGUCAACUUGAGUCGUUUUUGAAGCAGCAAAAGGGGGGACCAUGGAAGAAGACGGCGGGAGUGUGCAAGGUGGCGAGCAAGAAGUCGGAGGGGAGGAAGAGGAGGGAAAGGGAGAGGAAGCAGCGGAGGAAGGCAGAGAAGGCUGCAAAGUCUGCUUCUGCCUGA